AGACACAAAUUUCAUUUGUUAGAGGAUGUAAAAUUAAGGGAAGGUUUUACCAUCUUUGCAAGCAAUUCCUUCUAGUAUUCCUUCCAGCUUCUUUUAAGUUUCAAAAACCUAAACCAUUUGAAGUUUUUUGAUCUGUAUUUCGUUUUCAAAGAAAGGUUUCUUUUACUUCCAAGCUUCAAUUUACUACUCCAAGCAUGGUAUCCACAUAUAUGCAAACCACUCUUAACUAAAUUCUGUUCUCUCCCCAGUUUUCGUUAGAAUCAGAUAUUCUUCGGUUAUUUUAGGGUAAUAAUUCAAUUCAAUAAAUGGGUGAAGAAAAACAUCAACCUCACCAACUUCUAAGCAUUUUCUACAGGUUCUUCAAAUUCAUUAUGAAAAGCCUAGCUUCACAAAUCCUUAAACUCUUCAAUUUGGGUCGUCGAAUGAAUUGUAGUAUACCCCCAGCACCACCGACGUCUGAUGCUAUGCCUGGUAGCAAAAGCAACCAAAUGGCCAACCCAAUGGCUGAGGGAACUUCUAGCCAAUGUGAAAGUCAGUCAGACCCUUCUUCAUCACUUGAUUCUCUAAGAAAUAAUGGAGUAGAAGAUGACAAGAAGCUCACACCGGUUCAAGCUGUGGCCAUUAAUAUUGAAUCUUCUUCACCUCUACAAGCUAGCAUGGGGAAUAGUGAGUUGCACAGUGAUGCUGGAAAGAGAGAAGAGAAAGCACCUGAACCCUCCAUUGUACCUCAUGCAAAAGCUCCAGAGAAAGUGGCCAGCAUACGGAAAACAGUCAGCAUAAAUGACACGGUAGAGGAUAUAGACCAAAUCAUUAAGAAAAGGAAAAAGAGCAAGUCAAUGGAAAAGUCGAAUUCGUUAGAGUCUGAAGAAGAUGAACCAAAGCCUUUAAGAUCGAUUCUGAAGGUGGGAUCUAAUCUAGAUGAGAAGACAGAUAUUUCUGUAAAUCAGGAUACAAGAAGCUAAUAGAUCUUAUAUGUGCAGCAUUAAAGGCUUUCCUUUGCUCAUUAUCAUGUAGCAUUAUAACAAUAUUACCACAGCCAAAGGCUCAUAUUAUUGUGAUAUGUGCCAAGGUAGCCAAACUAUGCUUGACCAGUAUUGUGGUACUUGUAAAAUGACAUACAUGAGAAAAUUCGAAUGAAUUUCUGUUAAAUUGAUUUAUAUUUGAUAUAUUUCAGAUAAUAA